AGUACAGGCACACGUUAUAGGAAAACCAAGCACACAAUCGAAGACAAUAGAGAAAAUAUCAAGAGCAAAAGAAAGGAUAAAUGGCAACUAUGUUUAUCAAGAGGGAAGAAAAACCUUCAAGGAGACGUUUAAGCAUGGCUGAUGGGGAAGGCCAAGACGUGAAGCCUGUCAAGAGAAGAAGAAGAGACUCUGCUGCAAUUGCUCGUGGCAGUGAUGCUCCUCAACAGCCACAGCCACAACAAGCUGAUCAAGCCUCUGCGCCUGCUCCUACCACUGUUAAGAGAAGUUCAAGAUUUCGGGGUGUUAGUAGGCAUAGAUGGACAGGGAGAUAUGAAGCACACUUGUGGGAUAAACUUUCUUGGAACGUAACACAGAAGAAGAAAGGGAAACAAGUUUAUCUUGGAGCUUAUGACGAAGAAGAAUCUGCAGCGAGAGCAUAUGAUUUGGCUGCACUGAAGUAUUGGGGGACCACGACCUUUACUAACUUCCCGGUCUUUGAAUAUGCGAGCGAGCUACAGAUUAUGCAAGGUGUCACGAAGGAGGAGUACCUAGCCUCGCUAAGAAGAAAGAGCAGUGGCUUCUCUAGAGGAGUAUCCAAGUACAGAGGAGUCGCAAGGCACCAUCACAAUGGAAGAUGGGAGGCCAGAAUUGGGAGAGUUUUCGGAAACAAGUACCUUUACCUGGGAACUUACAGUACUCAAGAGGAGGCUGCUCGUGCCUACGACAUCGCAGCAAUAGAAUACAGAGGGAUCAAUGCUGUCACAAACUUUGACCUGAGCACUUACAUAAGAUGGUUGAAGCCAGGAGCUACAUCUCCAGGGAUCCCUCAAGUACCAGAAAUCAACGUUGAACCGCAAUCAGUGACAUACGAUAACUUCAAUACAAACAAGGAAGGCCACUCUUCCUUCUACAACGCCAAAGCUUUCGCCGUAGAUGACAUGAAAACUGAGCAACAGCAAGAGGCCCUCCCCAGAAGUCACUCUCUUACUUCAUUCAACAAGAAAUCUUCUUCUCCCACAGCACUCAGCCUACUCCUCAAAUCAUCAAUUUUCAAGGAACUGGUGGAGAAGAACUCCCUUAUCAAUAAAGAAGAAAAUAAUGUUGUGGAUGAAACGGCAAAUCAGCCACAGAUAAGCAGCGACGAUGAGUUUGGUGAGGUAGUUUAUGAUGGAAUUAAUGGCGAUAUCCCGUUUUCGUUAUCCUCUACUAAUGAUCAUGGUUUUGAGUUUCAAGGGCAGUUCAGCUUUAGUAGCCUGCUAGGAACAUUGCUAUAGAUAAAGCUUGUUAUGAUUAUUAGGAUACCUGGUAAUCUUCAUUUUGAUGUCAAAUUUAUGGAGACGGUUAUAAGUGUAGUCUAUCUCAUAUAUAUAUUUGGGAAGAAACUUUCACUGCA